CUUCCUGUGCUCACCCUGUGUUUGCUCGAAACUGGGACCGUCGCCCAGCCUCCGCCUGUAGGUUGAACUAACACCUGGGACGGGCUGCGAUAACUCCGCCACAGCAAUGCGGUAAAAAAAAAAAAGAGAAACAAUAAAUGUUCUGCGGUGUGGCUGCUGUCCAGUGUAUCCGGGCUGUUUUAAACUCGGUAUUACUGACUGACUUCAAACGGUGGUCUCUUUGUUUCAGCUAGCCGUCAUACGUUAGCUGCUUCCGGGGGAAAAACAACCUUCACACAGAAAACCAAAAUGAAGACAUGGAGAUGACAUUUUUGACUCCGGAUCAUUGUUUCCCAGUUGGAAUGGAUUUAAGGUUUGGACAUGCAGACAUGGACUUAUGAAAUAUAGAGACACACUUUUUAAGGAGAUAAGAGGACGCAGAUCUUUUCCAGAGACAAAGAAGUUUAGACUGAGCUCCCUCAGCCAAUGGCUACAACAGAAACCAAAGUUGCGGGCAGCAGUUGCACUGCAGGUCUGUCGUGGGCGCGGGUUUGUAAGGAGUGUGGCCAGCAGCACGAUGGCCCGGAAAGCCACCUGUAUGAGUACCAGGAUGAUGUGGACGAUGAACUUGUUUGCCACAUCUGUCUGCAGCCCCUCCUUAGACCUAUGGACACCCCUUGUGGUCACACCUAUUGCUUUCAUUGUCUGAGCAACUUCUUGAAAGAGCAGGACUUCUGCCCAGUGGACCGCCAGCGGCUGCAGCUGCACCAGUGCCGUCCCUCCAGCCUGCUGGUCAGGAACCUGCUGGACAAGCUGACUGUGAUGUGCCCCCACAAUGCAGAGUGUCAGCAGAAGAUGCAGCGCUGUGAACUGCAGCCUCACCUGCACAACAGAUGUCCUGUUUUUAGAAGACUGAGGGAGGAAGCAGAGAAGAGGAAGAGGCCCUCGUGGAACGAGCUAAAGGGACGUAAGGGUGACGGGGAGUCGUCUGGUGAGGCUAAACAUUCAGCGACUCUGACCCGAAAUCCUACCCGAGAUCAGCCUGAGCCCGGGCUGAUUAAUCCUGCCUAUGAAGAAAGUGAGGAUGACAACACCCCCCUGCGGUCCAGUCUGGUGGCCGAGGCCAAUGUGGUGGAGCUGUUCAGAGAGGAGCCGGAAGAGGAGCUGGGCCUUCGCAUCGUGGGGGGGAAAGACACGCCGCUGGGGAACAUAGUCAUCCAAGAGAUUGUCAGGGACUCGCUAGCAGCUCGUGAUGGCAGACUGGCCCCAGGGGACCAUAUCUUAGAGGUGAAUGACGUCAGUUUGGCUUCAGUCCCCCACACUCGGGCCAUCGCAGUGCUGCGGCAGCCUUCUGUCCUCAGGCUCACUGUUAUGCAGGAGAAAGGAUUCAAAUCAAGAGAUCCACGGUCUGAUCAUCACCCUUCCUCUUCCACCACUUCCACUGCCUCCCAGCCUUCUCACAGUCCCCAUGGCAACGCUACCUCCAAUCACAACCCUGGCACAGUCCUGCAGGUGACGCUAAUGAAGAGUCAGCGCUCCGAACCGCUCGGCAUCAAACUCAUCCGCAAAUCAGAUGAGAGUGGGGUUUUCAUCCUGGACCUGCUGUCUGGUGGUUUGGCAGCCAAAGACGGAAAACUGAGGAACAAUGACAAAGUGUUGGCCAUCAAUGGCCAUGACCUGAGACAUGGCACACCUGAGAGCGCUGCCCAGAUCAUACAGGCGAGUGAGGUGCGUGUGAACUUCGUGGUGAUGAGACCUGCAGAGACUCAGGAAGAAGGAGGAGGCGGCAGAGAGGGACAACAGAGCAGAGCAGCCAGGAGGCCUGAGCCGCAGUACUUCAGGCGCCGCUCCACCUACAUGAAAGAUCCUCCAGGUGGGUUUUCCAGCCAGGAGAAGACAGUGAGCUUGAAGAAGGAGCCUCGGCUUUCCCUGGGCAUCACCAUUGCUGGAGGGAGGGACUGUCGCAGCCGGCUGCCCGUUUACAUCACGAGUGUGCAGCCUGUCGGCUGUUUGCACCGAGAUGGCACCAUUAAGAGAGGUGACGUUCUGCUGAGCAUCAACGGUGUUGAUCUCACCCAGUUGACCUACAAUGAGGCGGUUUCUGUGCUGAAGGCUCAGACAGCUCAGUCCCAGGUGGUGCUCCGCGUCAUCCAGACCCACUCUGAGGACUUGGAGGAGGACAUCGAGGCUGCCAACAAGGAUGAGCUGGAUCCUGUGGACGACCAACGAGACGACGCCCUCAACUGGACGCCGCUGUGGACUCGCUGGCUGGGCUUACCGAGUCACAUGCACUGGUGCCGAGACAUUGUCCUGCAGAAGACCAACAACGAGAGCUGGGGCUUCAGUAUUGUCGGGGGCUACGAGGAGAGCCACGGCCAGCAGCCUUUCUUCAUCAAAACCAUCGUGCCUGGUACACCAGCUCACUUUGACGGACGCCUCAAGUGCGGCGAUGAGAUAGUGGCGGUGAACGGAGCCACAACAGUGGGAAUGAACAACUCUUCUCUCAUCCCCAUGCUGAAGCUGCAGAAGAAUAAAGUCACACUGACUGUGGUGUCCUGGCCUGGGAGUCUUGUGUAGCUUCUGCCCAUUCACUCUCUUUACUUAUCACCCUCUUUGUUGAUCACAUGCAGACACACAGAUCUUUGCCCUGUUCUGCUGCAUUCUUGACUCACCGUCUCCUCCAUAGGUAACUUACUGUUAGGUUACAUUCUUGUUACGUUUUUUUUUUAUCAGUUAUGUAAUACAGACCUUGUGUGUACUCAAGUUCCAUCCUGUGUACUAUGGAAAUUACUUUCUUACGCAUAGUCUGAGUUGGUACCUGUUUGUUUCAUUGUUCUCUCACACUCAAAGGGCAGAUGGUUGCACAAAAUGGGAUUAAUCAGGGUGCAAAAAUGAUGACAAUCAGUGAAUUAUAUCUUAAGGGUAAACAGGAAGGAUAGUUGUUGUUUUUUUUUUUUUGAUUGCUUUUUUAUCCUUUUCUGAAUAUGUAGUUCUUGCUUUCCUGUUAAUCUUAUCAUUUGAUAGUCAUGACUUGAUUCAAGUGAUUCACAGAAACGGCAUCCAAAGAUGAAAUGUAGCGUUACAAUAUAUUUAGACAGCUGUGAUGAAGAAUUAUAGAUGACUACAAUUAACAAAGUGGCUGCUGACUGUGUAGACUGAUGCCAAAGAUGGAAAAAUUAUCCUGGCUUGCAUCUUUUGUCCCACUAGUGUGAUGUUUUUUUUUUUUAUCAACUUUAUUUACAUUGCACUCUGAAAAUGCGUAACAAAGUGACACUAAGAAUUCAAAUCAACAGCUAUAGGUACAUUGUGUUAUAAAGAGACUUUGGUUUUGACAGCGAGGUUGAAGCCAAAGAAAAGACCUAUAGUCUCGACACUUUCAUGCUGCUGCAUACAGUAAGAGUCUAAAAUGUGUGAGCUCCAGUCCUGUCUAAGCCAUAAAAGUAAUCAGUAAAAAUCGUACACAUUAAACUCAACAGGAAACAUACGGAGACCGGUUAAUCAGAAUUGCUUUGGUAGGAAACGGCUUGGGUCCAAGUCUAUUUCCUGUAAACUCGGACACAUUUAUUUUGUUUAAAACUGUGAGUUACAGUUCAUCAAAGCAAAUAAUUCUGUGAUGAAUGUUUGCUCUCAAAAGUGUUAAUCUAUAAAUAAGACCGCUUUUGAUUUAUUAAAAAUCAAUGUCCAUUGACCCGCGCUCUGUAUUUAUUUUCAAAUGAUAUAUUAGCUCAUUCUGAAUGACUUUCAGCGGGUGCCCCGUAGACAUUGAAGGACAAACCAGAAUGUAUACAUGCCUUAAAUUGUCACUUUUGAAAGAUGUGUUUCCUUUCAUUGUUUCCUCUCAUUAUAUACAGUUUAUAGCAAAAGGAGAAUGGCCUUGUUCAGAUAUAUUUGUUUUACCUCGUUCUUUUUGUGUCAACACAUUCCUGGUGGCCUUCAUUGUAUCUUAAUUGAUACAAGACUUAUUGAAUAACAUAUAUAUAUAUAUAUAUAUAUAUUACAGUACAUAUACAGUAGUUAGUGAGCAUAUUAACCUGUCCACUCUUUUAUUAUGUUCAGUAAAACCAUAACAAAUGAUGCUGUUUUUUCUGUUUAUCAGGCCUUCUAACUUCAUUAUGAAGGCUGAGCAAGGAGGUAAAUGGUGAUCACUGCACCUUAAAUGUUAAUAUGAAUGUAAAUGUUACUGUUCUUCACAAGCUGCCAAAAUCUUGUAAUGAUCAGAUCUGAAGGGUUUUGCAGUUGUUCCACAAUCCAUGAUUAAAUAUCAGAUUUUCAG